AUGACGAACAUCCGCGAAAUAUGGUCGUGGAACAAGACAGAAGAGAUGAGUUUGGUGCGGGAGGCUCUUAGAAGGUGUAAUUACAUCUCUGUAGACACCGAAUUUCCGGGCUGUCUGAAACAGACCACCAUGGAAGAAAGCGACGAUACUCGUUACCAGAACUUGAGGUUCAAUGUGGACGAAACCAAACCAAUUCAACUGGGUUUCUCUUUAUUCAACAGUGAAGGAAGAAUCAGCGGAACCUGGGAGGUCAAUUUCUCCGACUUCGACGAGACAGAGGAUCCUUGCAACGAGAAAUCCAUUGCCUUUCUCAAGCGUAACGGGCUCGAUUUCCAGAGAAUCAGAGAGGAAGGGGUUGGUAUCAAAGAAUUCUUCACAGAGUUUACUCAGAUGAUUAAAGAUGAUGAUAAGAAGAUGAAUUGGGUUACUUUCGAUGGAUCGUAUGACUUAGGUUAUAUAAUUCAAUGCAUGACCGGACGAGAAAGUCUUCCCGACACAUCACAAGGGUUUCAAGAAACGGUUCAGAAACUUUUAGGGCUAACUUUCGAUGUGAAGAAACUUGCGGGACAGUGCAAAGGACUCAACAGUCGUUUCGGGUUGCAAAGAUUAGCGGACGAGCUUGGUAUCAGACGUGUCAGAGAAGCGCAUCAUGCUGGAUCCGACAGCCAUCUGACUGCUCGUGUAUUCACCAACUUAAGUCGCACUUUGUCUCGUGACCUAAAGAGAAAGCGAGAAUACGAGCAUCUGCAACAAUACACUGACAUGCAGGAAGCUACUGAACGAGAGCUUGUGAUGAGAAAGCUGGAACAUGACAGACUGCAACAACACAUU